AGUACUGGGCUUCGUUAUCUGUUCACACUAUACUCACCGUCUGGUAUAUCAAUACUGGCGGUGUAAGCCCGUCUGCUGGUCUGGUCCAACACGAUUUAUAUCGUAAAUCACCUUAGAGCGAAGCCCGCAGGCCUAGAACUAUUAUCAAAAUGCGUGGACCUACCAUCACCGGCGUCUUAGCCGCCUUACUCGCGUCCCCGAGCACCUAUGCCGCCUUGACACAGAUCAGUAGCUGGGGACAGAACCCAACGAAUCUGAAUAUGGCGGUCUAUAUGCCAGCUAAGUUGGCUGAGAGGCCCGCCAUCAUCCUGGCUCUACACUACUGCGGCGGGACGGGCCAGGCGUACCAUCAGACGGCAAAUUACGACCGGUACGCAGACGCGAAGGGAUUCAUCGUGGUUUAUCCGACUACGAACAAGGAUAGCAACUGUUGGGAUGUCGCUUCGAAGGCAUCCCUCACGAAUAACGGGGGAGGCGAUAGCACCGGCCUGGUCAACAUGGUCAAGUACCUGACCGAGAAGUACAACGCGGACCCAGCGCAGAUCUACGCGACGGGCGCGUCGUCAGGAUGCAUGAUGACGAACGUGCUGCUGGCCGCGUACCCGGACGUGUUCGCUGCCGGGUCGUGCUACUCGGGGGUAGCGGCGGGAUGCCUCGCGGGCUCGCCCGGGUCGAGCCCGCAGAGCGCGGAUCCCAAGUGCGCCAGCGGCCAGGUCGUCAAGACGGGCGCGCAGUGGGCCGAGCAGGUCCGGGCCAUGCACCCAAGCUUCAACGGGUCGUACCCGCGCAUGCAGACCUUCCACGGCGAGGCCGACAACUUCGUCGACUACAAGAACCUCGCGGAGCAGCUCAAGGAAUGGUCCGCCCUGCUCGGCGUCGAGUUCGCCCGCAACCAGACCAAUACCCCCCUGUCCGGCUACACCAAGAUCGUGUACGGCGACGGCACCAAGUUGGUCGGCUACUCCGCCCGGGGUGUCGGCCAUAUCGUGCCUCCGCGCCCUCAGCUUGACCUUGAAUGGUUUGGUCUAGCGUAGUGAUCGGAAGAUCUACGGUUGCGACCAGGUGCUUCGCCAAGUGGGAAAAGGGGGCUGGGUUCGGUGGCCCAGGCGCUCUAGUGCCCUGAA